AUGCCUACGGUGCAGCCAUGCCGUUGGGACAACAAAACCCUGCCGUAUGUGCCCGAGCAACCUUGCCUGCUAUAUUACUUGAUACCUGGUGAUGACGUGUCGCAUAUGGCAGUGCCGAACGCUCGCGGGGAGUACCCGAACCUCAUCCCUGGCAUGCCCUACCUUGAGGAACUGUUACUGGAGUUAGACAAUGAGGAGGAAAUUGAGGACAACGCCGUGCUUCCGUUGGUAGAAUACGCACCGCCACCGCUCACGGCCGACGCAGGAGUGCAAGUUGAGUGGACCGACGUCCCCAUCCCCCCGCCACCGCAUAUGAUGCGAUAUGUGAAACCAUUGACGGAAACGACACAAUCAGUUACAGGGAGUGAUUGCUCACCCUCUACAACACAGGAGUUUGGUGGUGAGGACUAA